AUGGGCUUGCUGAGAGAUCUCUUUCAGGGCGAAUCGGUUCUUGUGAGAGACUAUUCGAAAACCAGAUAUGGCUCUCGCAAAAUUCUCCUCAUCGCAAUGGCUGUAGGCCAGAAGUACCAGAAGAUCGCUGAGGGGCUCUCACUUGUGGGUAUCGACCUUGCCCCUUCUCCAUCCUCAAUUGAUUGGAGUAAAACAAGUGAUAUGAGCAGCCUUCCUCGGAUAUCUGCUGCCAAAUUAGAUAUUGCUGUCCACUACGCCAUCGCAGUCAUGGAAAAAUCUGUCUACUAUGAUAGCAGAUUCUCUAUGUCAAAGAAGAUGCGGGAUGCGAAGGUAUGGGAACAUGUAGGAGGAGAUGGUCAAGACGUGAUAGAAGCUGGAGACUCCCACUGCCUAGGCAAGGAGGAUCUUCACAAUAUAUACGCAAUCAAAGAGGUCGGCGAAACGAAACUCUCGGACACACAGAUUUCAGAAAAGUUCUAUCGGAAGCUUAUGACCGGGUGGGAGUAUUUCUCUCUCUGGUGGAACUGUCACGACCUUGCUAUUCGCCUUGCAUAUCUCAUUGUCUCGGACAAAAGUAAUGAACCGCAAAGCCCGAGAAGAUUUCUGGCAAAGUUACUCGUCCGUCUGAAGAACGACAUGUUGCAAGCAGUGAGGCACGCAAUUUCCAUCGGACAUGGAGCUAUCCUCCCUUGCAUUGGUGGUAUUAUGACUUUUGGUGCAUUCUUUCUUCCCGUGGUGUCAGCCACUUGGAUUGCGAUCCUCCUUGGGGUACAGUGCCUGGAAGAGGUCGGGACGCAAGGCAUGGACAAAUGUCGAGAAUACAUCAAAAGGCUCCAGGAAGACUUUCCUUCGUUGGACGAACUGCACAAGGGGCUUUACAAAGAGCUUUCGAAGGAAGAGCGAAGAACCCCUUCGACCGAAAGAAUACGAACCUCGACUUCAAACGUUUCCAGGUCCCGAAACAGCCGCUUGGUGUCAUCCAGAAGCUCGAAACCUUAA